AUGACAGCCGAGGAAGAGGUCAAACCACUUAAAAUUGCAAUUAUUGGCGGUGGACUGGUGGGAGCAUUUGCUGCAGUUACCUUGUCCAGGCUACCAAAUGUUUCGGUUACUGCGUACGAAAAGAGCGACAAGGUUCGUGAGGUUGGAGCAGCCAUCACUCUUACCGAGGGAGGCCUUGUGACUCUUGAACAGGUUUUCGAUCUGGAUGAGCUAGAAAAAAUACUUUAUAGAACCCCCAAUAACGGGCAUAUCACUAGACGUCAUUGGAAAACUGGGGAAUACCUCAAUGAGCCUCACUCGAAGUCACCAAAGUAUCCCAAAUACAACCACGCCAAGGCACAGAGAGUUCUUUUGCUGGACUUCAUUUUGAAACAUGUUCCCGAAGGAACCAUUAAGUACGGCCAAGAGGUGAAAAGCGUUAAUGUGAGACAAGAUGGUGUUGCCAUCCAUUUUGCAAAUGGGAAUGUGACAAAAGCUGACCUGGUGAUUGCUGCUGAUGGCAUAUACUCAAAAAUUCGUCGCCAAUUCACCAAUGAUGCCAUCGUCUACAAGGGAGCAGUUGCAUAUAGGAAUGUUUUUGACGAUAAAAUCGUGGAACAUAUUCCUGGAUUGCCAGAUGAUGUUACAGUCUGGAUUGGCAAGGGAUCUGCUAUGUUUAUGACUAGACUAACGCCUGGAAAGUUCAACGUUGCAGCCCACUUGAGAGACCCACCAGAAGUUGCUGCCAACCUGCGGUGGAACAAGACCACAGGUGAUUGGGGUAAGAAGCGCUUGAUUGAGCACUUCAAAGACUGGGAUCCACUUAUCGGUCAGAUUCUUGAAGUUAUGCCGGAGUCGAUUGCUUUCCCGCUGGAACGGGCACCUUGGCUGGAGAACCUGGUUGUUGGAGACCGGAUUGCGUUUGUCGGCGAUGCUGCUCAUCCAACCUCCGGUGUUUACGGGGCUGGUGCAAAUAUGGGAUUUGAUGAUGUCUGGGCCUUGUACAGGUCCUUGUUGGAGACCAAGUAUAAUUUGAAAAAAGCUUUGUUUCUUUUCAAUGAGACCAGAGCCCCAUUUUUGAAGCGCGUUGAAAAACAAAUUGAAAUAGAUCAACAAAUUGGUGCCAAAUACAUCGGCACUGCCGAAACUGAUGAGGAGUGGAAAAGAAGAGUGGAGCAUAGGGGUCUGUCAGCAAAGUGGAUCACCGACCAUAGUGUGGACAAUGAGUUCGAGCAGGUUAGAGAUCAAAACUUCCUACAGCUAUUUGUAGAUGAAUAA